AUGUUGGAUGAUAAAAAAAUUGAAGAAUUAAAAGAAUUUGUUUCUUUUUGUGAACAAGAUCCAUCCAUUUUAUUAAAACCAGAGUUAUCUUUUUUUAAAGAAUUUAUUGAAAGUUUUGGAGGAAAAGUUUCAAAUAAUAAAGAUUUUUAUGAGAAAGUUCCAAGUGAUGAAAGCACUGAAGAGAAAUCAGAUGAUGAUGAAAAGGAAGAUACAGAAGAAGAAGAAGAAGAAGAAAAUUGCCCAGAUUUAAUGGAGGAAGAAAGUAUUGAAUGCCCUCCUUUAGCUCCAAAUGUAGAAGAAGAAUUUUCAGAAGAAAAAAUAGAAGAAAUUAAUAAUUUAAAAAUUGAAGCCUCCAAAUUAGUUCAGGAAAAUAAAUUAGAAGAAGCAUUAGAAAAAUAUAAUAAAAUAAUAUCAUAUGGAAAUCCUUCUGCUAUGAUAUACACCAAACGUGCUUCUGUUUUAUUAGGUUUAAAAAGGCCAAAAGCUUGCAUAAGAGAUUGUACGGAAGCAUUAAAUUUAAAUGUAGAUAGUGCUAAUGCUUAUAAAACUAGAGCAAAGGCAUACAGAUAUUUAGGAAAAUGGGAAAGUGCACAUGCAGAUAUUGAACAAGGACAAAAAAUUGAUUAUGAUGAAGAAUUGUGGGAAAUGCAAAAAUUAAUAGAAGAAAAAUAUAAAAAAAUAUAUGAAAAGAGAAGAUACAAAAUAAAUAAAGAAGAAGAAAAAAAAAGAAGAAAAAGAGAAAAAGAAUUGAAAAAAAGACUUGCAGCUAAAGAAGCAGCAGAAAAAGCAUAUAAAGAAAAUAGCAAAAGAGAAAAUUAUGAUUCUGAUUCAUCUGAUUCUUCAUAUAGUCAGCCAGACUUUUCUGGUGAUUUUCCAGGUGGUAUGCCAGGUGGAAUGCCAGGAGGAAUGCCAGGAGGAAUGCCAGGAGGAAUGCCGGGAGGUAUGCCAGGAGGAUUUCCAGGAGGAUUCCCAGGGGGAUUUCCAGGAGGAAUGCCAGGUGGAAUGCCAGGUGGAAUGCCAGGAGGAAUGCCUGGAGGAAUGCCAGGAGGAAUGCCAGGUGGAAUGCCAGGAGGCAUGCCUGGGGGAAUGCCAGAUUUAAAUUCACCGGAAAUGAAGGAACUUUUUAAUAAUCCUCAGUUUUUUCAAAUGAUGCAAAGUAUGAUGAGUAACCCUCAACUAUUGUCUAAAUAUGCAAAUGAUCCAAAAUAUAAGGCCUUAUUUGAAAAUUUUAAAAAUUCAGAUUUCGAAAAAAUGAUGGGAAAAUCAAGUCCUAAUGGAAAAAAUUAA